GAUGGUAGGGCGAGGAUCUCCCGCCAAAGCGUUUGAUGGAAAUUCAGUUAAUAUUUACGAAAAUCCUCCAACAACUCAGAGCCAUUCGUGUAGCUACAUUUCCGGUACGAAUCAUCCUUGGCUGGCAGUUAGAGUGGACUGGUCAACAAUCCAAUCGAUAGUACUCGUUCCUGGAGAUUCAAAAAGUUUAUCAGGUGCAUCGUACGAAUACGAAAUAUCGUUAACAAGAACUUUACCUAACGAUGCCGAUUGGCCAUAUGAAAAGAAAACUAUCUGCGGCUAUUUAAAGAUAGGCUUUCAAAGUUGCGUUACAUACGAAAUAGACUGCCUACAAAAAGUUCAUCAUAACAAUUAUCUUAUUAUUACAAAUAUGAAUAGAGAGAGUUUCGUUCUGUGCGAAGUAUUAAUUUUUGGAUCAAACGCAACUGUCACUAACUUAACGAAAGACUACUAUAAUAAUUCUUAUUCGCUACCUGCUAAAAAGUUUAGAGAUAGUUCGAAUAUCUCUAAAAAUACGCUGAAUGGUUGUUUACAAGUUAUCGAUACUCAAUUAUUUAUCGAUAUAACAGAAGACGAUCUAUCGUUCUUCUCUUACGGAAUAUCUAUGCAAUUCCAUGGAGAAUUCCAAAUACCAUUCGAAAUAAACAUUUCAAACUCUUCCAUAGGUGGAAAUGAAGCCCCCUGCACCAACUAUGACCCGAAUAAAGUUGGUCCGUUAAGAAAUGGCUCUCUAAUUGAAUUUCCCUGCAAAGAGUUUAAACUAAUAAAAGGAUUUUCUAUACAUUUUCAAUCAUCACCAAAUAUAAACAUUUGCUUUGGAUUUCUUGGAUCAAAACUCCCUGGUUUUGUAGCUCCAAGAUCAGGUUCAUUUCUGUUUGUUCUCUUCUUACUAGAUUUAUACAUUUAA